AUGGCGGAGGAAGCUCUUGGGAAAACAGUGAAGGAGCUGAAGCAAGAAAGAACUUUGGCUAAGAGUGCUUUUACCAAGCAAGCAAACUUCCUUAGCAGAGGUGCAAAACACAUGACUAAGAGCGAACUGCGAGAGGAGUUCAAGAAGCUCACGUCGGAGGCAAGGAAGGUCAGUGAGACAAAUGAUGAAUACAGGGCUGGACUUCUGGCAGACAUUGAAGCUGAAACCGAUGAGGGUGAAGAAGCUGACCUGAGCAAGCAGCAGCAGACUGAACUUGAGAAGACAUUCCAAGAAUGCGAAGUACGAUUGGAUGAGGUCAGGGGGAUGAUCCAGUCCAACCUAUGGCCUAGAUACGGGGAGGACGAGGUGAAGUCUGCAAUCAAAGAAGCGGAGACCGCCUGUGAUGGAGUUGCUCAAAUACCUGUUAUUGCUGUAAAUAGAGAUGGCUUCGAGCUACGGUGGGAUGGUGCGAAGGCACAAGUCCAAGAUGCAAUCACAAGCCUAGCAGAGUGGGAGAUGUGGAUUCCAGUAGCAGAAAAAGAAUGGCUGGAAGCCAGAGUAAAGGAUCUGAAAGCAUUCAGAAACAACCUUGAAGCAAGGAGGGCAGAAUUUCUCACAGCGCAAAGAAUUGCGGAUGAGGAUAAAGACAGAGGGAGAGUGCUGCAGAUGCCCAUGCCAGCUCCACAUCCGACACUGAGAAUAAAACCAACCUGUUUACCCAGGUUCAGUGGGUAUAAAAGGAAUUUCCAUCGAUGGAGGAGAGACUGGGAGAGUCUACAGAAGCAGGGGGAACCAACAGGCUCAGUCGAAGUAAAGAAAAUCCAACUCAUUGACAGUGUAGAUGAGAGAAUGUGCAGAGACCUCCGUUUGUCUACUUACAAUACUGCUGAGGACAUGUUCAGGGUGCUUGAGAACAGGUAUGGAAACAAGUCUACAAUUGCCUUGGAGAUAAUUGAGGAUCUGGAGAAAGUUCCUGCUUUAAGAGCAAAUCAGCCAAGGAAAGUUAUCGACAUGAUCCAAACUAUAGAGAAGGCACUGGAUGAUCUCACAGAGCUUGGAGGCACAGGGGCCAUCAACAACCCUCUAGUGAUCAGAUCCAUAGAAAGCAAGUUACCUGACAACAUCAAGCGGGAUUGGCUUGUCUUCAUGGUUAACCCGAGGAAUAAUGUCACGCCGGACAAUCACUUUGAAAACCUUCUUAAAUUCCUGAAAACACAGGAGGAAAUUCUUGAAAAAUUAGAGCAGCUGGGAGUGAGUGAAAAGCCAGAAAAUAAAUAUGCUUGUGUGGAGAGGAGAUAUGCGUCCACACGUUCCACAAGGAAAGGCGGCUGUGUUGUCUGUGGAGAUGAAAAGCAUAGAGAAAAGAUCUUCUUUUGCAAGCGUUUCAAAGAACUGAAGCCGGUGGAUAAGUUGGAUGCUGUAGAAAAGCUGGGGGCCUGCAAGAGGUGCUUGGUCUGUCAUGGAGAAGAUGAUGAAUGCAAAGACACUUACCUGUGCAGGAAAAGAGACUGUAAGAAAGACCAUCAUUUCUUUCUUUGUCUGAAGGGAGAUUUCAAGAGAAGUGACUCAGACAGAAGACAAUCCAAUGUGAGAAGGUAUACGCUUACAGAGGAGCAGGAGGAAUUGGUAUCUAAGCUCUCCCCAGAGAUGGCAGAGAAAUUCAAGAAAGCAUUCACCAACGCCACUGCGAAAACAAACUGUGUCAAAAAUAAUCAGCUGGGAGUGACUGAGUCAAGUGCAGUAGAAGAAUUGCCAGUUAUUCUAAUGCUGCUCAAGGUAACUGCCAAUGCAGGACAAAGAAUUGGAACCCUGAUCGACUUGGCAUCGGACACAAACUACAUCACUCACAGAGCUGCCAGAAGAUUAAAUCUUCGAAGUGAAAACAUCACUUUAGUCGUUCAUGGAGUCGGAGGAAUGGCCAUGAAGGUUAGAACCAGAAGAUAUCUCCUCAGAGUGAGGGUCAAAACGCCCAUAGGCACGGAAAGAGCUCAUGAGCUUAUCUGCUAUGGUUUGAAUGAAAUUGCCAACGUCCACAGAGUCAUCAAACCUGAGCAACUCAAGAAGUUCUUCCCAGAAGUCAAUCUAGGAGAUCUGAGUAGACCAGAGAGUAUUGAGCUACUGAUAAGCCACCGCGAAGGAAGACUUGCUCCGCAAAGAGUGAAGGUGAUUGGAGACCUUGUCUUGUGGGAAGGCCCGCUAGGAAAGACUGUUGGUGGAGCACAUCCAGAUCUGUUUGAAGAAGUGGAUAUAGCCGCACACAGGUCUGAAACACACUUUGCUCGAUCCAUGAAAGCAACUGCUGUCAAGUAUCAAGAGAUAGCUAAGCUGUUCACAGCUGAAACCAAAGGAACAGUUGCUCACAGAGAGUUCUUGGAUUGGUGGAAGUGGGACAGCAUUGGAGCAGCUUGCGACCCAAAGUGUGGAGGAUGCCGGUGCGGCAACUGUCAACCAGGAGGCAAAGAAAUGACUCUGAGUGAGGAAAGAGAGCUGGAGAUCAUAAGGAAAGGCCUCACCUACAUCAAAGCAGAUGCUCACAGUGAUGAACCCCACUGGGACACAAAAUACCCCUGGAUUCAAGAUCCAAGUUCCCUUCCUGACAACAGGAGUGGGGUGGAAGCCACCUUCUUGAGAACAGAAAAGCAACUCAAAAAAGAGCCAGAGUGGAGAAUAGCAUACACAGCUCAAGUCCAUGAAAUGGUCGAGAGAAGAGCAGCGAAGAAACUCACCAAAGAGCUCAUUGCCAGCUGGAAGGGGCCAGUAUGGUAUGUCAGCCACUUGGUGGCAGCAAACCCGCACUCUCUCACAACACCUGUGAGACUGGUAUGGAACAGCAGCCAGAAGUUUAGAGGGGUCAGCAUGAAUGACCUUCUGCUGAAAGGGCCUGAUGUCCUCAAUCCCAUCCGAGCAGUACUACUCAGGUUCAGGAGAGGCGUCAAUGCUGCCCUCGGCGACAUUAAGAAAAUGUACAAUUCUGUGUGGUUGGAAGACCUGGAGAUGCACCUCCACAGAUUUCUCUGGAGAGACACUGAGGAGGAAGAGAUUGAAGAGUAUGCGAUCACCAGAGUCAACAUUGGCGAUCGACCAGCAGGGUGCAUUGCGCAAUUGGCUAUGAGAGAGACAAGCAAACUGCCCAUGUUUGCUCACCUGGAGGAGGAACGUAGGAUCCUUGAAGAGGAUACCUAUGUCGAUGACAUCCUGACUUCCCAUAAUGACUUGCAAAAGCUGGACCAGAACACCAAAAGUGUUGAAGAGAUCCUGAAGGCAGGCGGCUUCGUCCUCAAGCCCUGGGUCCGGUCAGAUCAAAGUGGGAGGCAGGAGAUCGUACCAGAAGAACAAGGAGCGCAGUCAAGCACAGCACUCAUUCUCCCAAACCAAAUGAGGGAAGGAUACAAUAAAGCCCUUGGAGUUGGAUACCUUGUUGAGGAGGAUAGACUGUACCUCAUGACUUCAAUCAAUUUCUCAAAGAGGAAAGGGAAAAUGAGAGUCGGCCAAAAUCUCCUUGAUGAAGAGGUGAGAGGGAAAACUCCAAACCCACUGACGAGAAGAGAACUGCUGAGCCAGGUAGCUAGCCUGUAUGACCCAAUAGGCCUCGUCACACCUGCCAAACAAAAGGACGCCAUUCUUGUCAGGAAGGCGUUUCAGGAAGCUGGAGGCAAAACUCUGACCCGAGACACUUGGGACAAACCUUUGUCUGAAAAUUUGAGGGAAGAAGCCAUCCAAUUCUUUGAGGAAUACACACGUCUUGGCCAAAUCACCUUUCACAGAAGCCUCACACCAGCCAACUGGAUUGGAAAACCAUGGGGAAUAACAUUCUCUGAUGGAAGUGACAAGAGCUAUGGAGCCGUAGUGUACUUAAGAUGGGAGACCCAGCAAGGCAUCAAAGUCAGACUGGUUGAAUCCAAAGCAAAGCUCACACCAUUGGACCAAAAGGGAGAACCAGUAAAAGCUGAAAUCUGCGGUGCUGUCUAUGCAGCACGACUUCGAAAAGUUGGAGAGAUCCAGAAAUCCACAUCCAUAGAAGACUGGUGGUGGAUCCCAGGAAGCCUGAACAGUGCUGACAUCAUAACAAGAGGGGCAGCCCCAGAAGACCUCCAGGAAGAUUCCAUGUGGCAGGAUGGACCAGCAUUCCUGAGGAAACCUGUGAAAGAGUGGCCACAUAAGUCAGCCAAAGAAAUCGCUGCGUAUGGCAAGGAAGGUAUAAACAAACUUCGAAGGAAAGCUUUCUCAGCAGCACUGACCAGAGCGCAGGUCAAGAGAAACCAGAGUGAUACACAGCAAAAUAAAUCAGAUGAACCUAAGACUCGGAUCCGAAGAUCACCAGCCGGCUCUGCGGUAACAAAACUGAUUGACAUCAGGAAAUUCAGCAAUCUGACCAGGCUGAUCCGAGUCAUUGCCUGGGUUUGGAGAGCCGCAACGAGAUGGAAAGAAAUAUUGACCAAGAAUUCAGCCUCAGAUAAACCAAAGUGGGAGGACGCUCUUUCAACAAACUGGAGGUACAGAGCCAAACAAGCUGUACUCGCUGUCGGGGAGUGUGAGGAUGCACUAAGAGACUUGUUCCUUGCAGCUCAAGAAGGUAUAACCUUUCAAGAUACCACUCUCAACAGACUCGCUGUUUACAGAGAUAAAGAGAAUGGGCUCUUAGUUUGUGGAGGAAGGUUCCAGAUCUUUGAUGAGGACGAAACUGCCGUACCAAUUCUACCAUAUGAGGCAUGGAUAUCCACUCUCCUAGCUCAAGAGGCCCAUGGUGCAAAUCAUGAAGAAAUAGCAGGCACACUCCUCCGGAUGAGGAAGAAAGCCUGGGUGAUAAAAGGCCGGAAGCUGGCUAAAAAGAGAGUUGACAAUUGUGUGGUGUGCAGAAAGGCCAGGGCCAGAAAGUGCCAACAGAUCAUGAGUGACCUUCCAUCCGAGCGGAUAACACCAGCCAGACCAUUUGAGUACACAACGGUGGACUUAUUUGGACCGUAUGAAGUCAAGGACGAGGUGAAAAAGAAAACCAAGCUCAAGGUGUGGGGUAUUGUCUUCUGUUGCAUGGUAUCCAGAGCUAUACACACAGAUGUUGUCAGUGACCAGUCGACGGAAGGCUUCCUACUGGCUUACCAAAGAUUCACGGCACUGAGAGGGCACCCAAAGAAAUUGUGGUCAGAUCCUGGAAAGAACUUUGUGGGUGCCAGACCUGCCCUCAAAGAACUCUACAUCUUCUUGGAUCAACUAGGUAAAUCUCAGCUUGAAAAUGAAGCUUCCAAGCAUGGGACAGAAUGGAGCUGGAAAAUCCACCCAGCAGACUCCCCUCACAGGAAUGGAGCUGCAGAAGCAGCUGUUCGUACUGUGAAGCGGGCUUUGCACAACCUGGGAGGAGAAGGACUCUUCACAUGGAGUGGUAGUCAGGGGAAUGACAUUACUCCAACAUCAGAUAAGGUUUUUGGGUUGGAGGGUGAUGUCAUAAAUCUGUCCUGUAACUACUCCUCUGCUAGUACUCUCCAGUGGUAUCAUCAGUACCCUGGAUCAUCUCCCAUCUUCCUCCUCCUCACUGAAGUCUCCUCAAACCCCUCUGUUGUGAAUGUUACUCCUCCAUACCACGACUGUCUGUUAAAGAAGAUGCCCCGGAUUGUAGAGGGUCGGCAGCCGCGCCUCCCACAGGUCCCAGACGUCUGUUAUGGCUGCGAGUUUGUCCGUGGCAAGCCUUGCGGGUCUCGACUGGCGAUCGUCGAAUCGCAGCAGCCUCGAGUACCUGUGAAAGACCUUGAGCGGCAUGGUGGCUCGGAACACGGUCCUGCCGCUCUCCACGUCCCACAGGCUGGCCGCGGCUCGCCUUGGGACCUAACAGGCGGAAGGUGGACGCGAUGUCGCGGGCGUGAGUUACGACAUAGGCCGUGGGGCCCGGAGUCUCGUCCGGCCCUCGUGGCAGAUCGCACGGGCCCUGUGGCGGCGGCCGUAGGCCACGGGGGACAAUUUGAUUUUGCCAUUUUUCGACAGCAACGGCGUCUUCCUUUGGCCUACAGCCAAGGCGAUCUCUUCCUCGAGUUCGGCCUCGCGUUCGGCCUCGGGGGCUUCCUCGGGGUCUUCCUCCGAAGAGAGCGAAGACGCCUGAAAGAGAGAAUCUGUGUGGAUCUGGAGAUCUCAUCUGAUGAAGUGACAGACUUUGCUCUGUACUACUGUGACAUGGAGCCCACACUUUUUUUGUGGUUCCGCCAAUAUCCCAGAUCCAAACCAGAAUUCCUCUUGUACAUCACACCAGAAGGGUCUAUAUUUAAAGCUACUCCCCCACAUCCACGUCUGACAGUUUCCAUUGACAAAGUGGACAAACGUGUGGAUCUGAAGAUCUCUUCUGCUGAUGUGACAGACUCUGCUCUGUACUACUGUGCCAUGAAGACCACAGUGACAAGAAACUCUGACACACUGUUCAAAAACCUGUCAAGAACCAUGGGAGGAAACAGACAUCCUGUAUGA